AUGAAGUCGAAGCAGCCCGAUCUGAGCCAGCCUCAGCCCUCGCUGCCCGAGUACUUCGGCUAUGCCGAAGAGGAGUUGGAGAAGUACUGCUCGGUGUUCAAGGGUCUUCAUCCGGAGGUGGAUGAUCCUAUUGAGCAGGAGACCGACUUGACGGCGAUUAUGGUGGCGGGGAGCGGCGCGGAGCAUGGCCGCACGAAGCUUCUUAGUGGGGUGAUCAAGCCGCAGAGGACCCUCACGCAGAUCAGGUCUACCCUCACCACCGGCGACCCACCGGUCGCGCCUCCUCGACACCGUCGUACGGAUGCUCACUUUGAGGCCGCCUACGCGGCCGCUUAUGAGAACUAUUUGACGGUUGUAGCAGAGUGGGACCUCAAGAGAGCGGCUUGGGAAGAGUACCAGGAGGCGACGAGUCGUGCGGUCAGGACGUUCUUCCAGACUGGAGAGAGGAUCGCACUUCCGGCCGAGGAGCCAGCUAGGCCGGGGCCGACUCCAGUGUGCCCAUCGAGGGAAGCUUUCGCGGCCACAUACUACGCACGGACUCCGGGCACGGGAAGUUCGCGGAACCGACCCUCUCCUGGUUCGUCGCGCGAGGGCACACCGAUGCACCCCGGCCGCCAUUCUCCCGGUGCUUCAGGGUUUUCACCUGCUGGCGAUGGUUCAGGCCAUGGUUCUACUUCGGUCUACCUCGACAAAGGCCGGACGCCUGAAUUUACGAGUCGGGAACCUGGUUGGACCCCCUGA